AUGGAUCUGUCCGGGCACAGCCUUAAGAAGGUGCCUAAGAGGUAUGGCGACUGGGUUGUCAGCAUGGCCAAAGAUCUUGUUCAUUUCAAUAAUAUAAGAAUCUUCAACAGCAGAUUGCUGAGCCCAGCUACUGGAACUAUUUAUUGCUUCUCAGACAGGAAAGGAGAAGGUGCCUCUUACUUGUUUGGACAGAGUUCUAGCAAAGGCGAGCACAAGGUGCUUCGAAGGAUUGAUAAGAUUGCUUCAGAUGGCCAUAUUCAUCAGCUGAUUGAGGUCUUCACGCUCAACAAUAGGGGCCAUGCAUUUUGGAGGGAAAAACAGGCCCCUCCACAGAGGGUUGCAAGCGAUAAGUGGACUGAUGUGGCCAUUGAUGGGGUUGCCUACCUUUUGUCUUGGGAUGCCUUCUAUGAGCUGACCUUCUCUAGGAGAGUUAACAGGGAAGACAUGAUAAUUACAUUUGACCUUGAGACAGAGGAAUGGGGGACUAUCUUGGGACCCAAUAUCAGCUUUCUUGGUAAUGCUUUUCAGGUGCUUCCUGGCUGGCUUACCUUGGCUGACCUGAAUGGCUCUUUGGCUGUUGUGUGCUUGUAUGGCCUAGUCCCUAGUAUGGACAUAUGGAUUUCGACAGACUUGCAAAGGGUGACUGGGUCAAGCGGUAUAGCAUAA